GAGGAAAACAGCUGCAGCGACAGCCUGUCAACUCAGAUUCCAAGCAGUGACAGUAGCUGGAGUGUGUUGGUAGGGAGACCGUGGAGGGCGUAUCUCCGCAAUGCCAAAUAAAGUGAAAAAGGAGAAGGAAUCUCCGAAGCCUGUAAAAGCUAACAAACCAGGAGGAAAAGAUGGACAAGAAAAUUAUACUGAACAUGAAGGCUCCAACAGGAAGAACAAUACCACCAGUGCCCCACCCACCACGCAGCUGCUGAAGGGGAAGCAGCUCGGCCCCCAGACGCCCACGAAGAAGGAGAAGAGGCAAAGCUCCUCCCGCUUCAGCCUCAGCAACAACCGAGAGCUGCAGAAGCUGCCCGCCUUACAAGAUGUCCCGCCCGCGGAGCAGGAGAAGCUCUUCGUCCAGAAGCUGCGGCAGUGCUGCGUGCUCUUCGACUUCGUUUCGGACCCGCUGAGCGACCUGAAAUGGAAGGAGGUGAAGAGGGCGGCGCUGAGCGAGAUGGUGGAGUACAUCACGCACAACCGCAGCGUCAUCACCGAGCCCAUCUACCCCGAGGUGGUCCACAUGUUCGCAGUGAACAUGUUCCGGACGCUGCCGCCGUCCUCCAACCCCACGGGGGCGGAGUUUGACCCCGAGGAGGACGAGCCCACGCUGGAGGCCGCCUGGCCGCAUCUCCAGCUCGUCUAUGAAUUCUUCCUGAGGUUUUUAGAGUCUCCCGACUUUCAGCCAAAUAUAGCGAAGAAGUACAUCGACCAGAAGUUUGUGAUGCAGCUUUUAGAACUGUUUGACAGCGAGGACCCUCGGGAGAGAGACUUCCUGAAAACCACUCUGCACCGGAUUUACGGAAAGUUUCUGGGCCUGAGGGCCUACAUCAGGAAACAGAUCAAUAACAUAUUCUAUAGGUUCAUUUAUGAAACAGAGCACCAUAAUGGAAUAGCAGAAUUGCUGGAGAUAUUAGGAAGCAUAAUCAAUGGGUUUGCCUUACCGCUGAAAGAGGAACACAAGAUUUUCCUGCUGAAGGUUUUGCUGCCUUUACACAAGGUCAAGUCGCUGAGCGUCUACCAUCCGCAGUUGGCGUACUGUGUGGUCCAGUUCCUAGAAAAGGACAGCACUCUCACAGAACCAGUGGUUAUGGCUCUUCUCAAAUACUGGCCAAAGACACACAGCCCGAAGGAGGUGAUGUUCCUGAACGAGCUGGAGGAGAUCCUGGACGUGAUCGAGCCCACGGAGUUUGUGAAGGUCAUGGAGCCGCUGUUCCGACAGCUGGCCAAGUGCGUCUCCAGCCCGCACUUCCAGGUGGCAGAGAGAGCGCUGUACUACUGGAACAACGAGUACAUCAUGAGCCUCAUCAGCGACAACGCGGCCAAGAUCCUGCCCAUCAUGUUCCCCGCCCUCUACCGCAACUCCAAGACCCACUGGAACAAGACCAUCCACGGUCUGAUCUACAAUGCCCUGAAGCUCUUCAUGGAGAUGAACCAAAAGCUGUUCGAUGACUGCACCCAGCAGUUCAGAGCAGAGAAGAACAAAGAAAAAGCUAAAUGGAAAGAGCGGGAAGAGGCUUGGGUGAAAAUCGAGAACCUUGCCAAAUCCAACCCACAGUUCCUCGUGUACGUCGAUUCCUCCAGCCUCAGCAGUCCAGUGGAAAUGGAGACGGACGGGCCUUUGAUAGAAGACGUCGCCAUGCUAAAGAAGACCGUAGAAGAAGAAGCUACCCAGCUGAGCAGGGACCAGCGGAAGGAGCGGCCCCUGGUGCGGCGCAAGUCCGAGCUGCCUCAGGAUAUCUACACCGUCAAAGCCUUGGAGACUCAUCGCCGUGCCGAAGACAUGAUCACCACCAACGACGGUCACUAGGCCCCGCCCUCUCCGCAGGUCCUCUCCCCUUCCCCAGCCUCGACCGACCGCCGCGCUCGCCUCGGCCUGCCCCUCCGUCUCCUCGGCCGCUAGGCCCCGCCCCCUCGUCCCGCAGAAUCCAUCGCGUUGAAAGUAGCGGCGGCGCAGGAAAGGGGCGGGGCCCCCUCUCCCGUAACCACCCCCUCCCCCCCCCCCCCCUCCUCAUGUGGACUGGACGCAUGCCUACGCCGUCCCCUCACUCUGGUCAUUAGGAUUUCUGCAUUCUCAGGUGUUCCAUUUGAUUUGAUUUCUCCUUUGUUUUUCCCAUUUCAUGUACCCUGAAUGUUACGUUGCCUGGAUUGGACAUUUUCUUGUCAUUUCGUAAAAAAAAA